UAAUAUAUUUAUAGAUAUGAAGAUGUUUGCUUAAUUAAAGUAAAAUCUUUAUUCGACGAGUACACAGCGAACAGGGAAGUUAUCGCUUUAGAAUCAAUUAACGAAAUGCGUUACGCUGUAGUCUUGCUGUUAACCUUAGCAGGAGGGUACUGUUAUUGCCAAGAGGAAACUACCACAGUAGAAUCUCCACAAGGAAGGUUUAAAGGAUACAUACGCUUAUUCGAAUCAUUCGGCAAUAAAUAUCGCGUAAGAAGGUUUCUCGGGAUACCUUAUGCAGAGCCACCAACUGGUAGUCGUCGGUUUAAAAAACCCGCGAAGAAGGCAGCUCACACAGGAGUACUUGAUGCAACUGCAAGAGGAGCAGCAUGUCACCAAUUAGAAAUUCAUAUGGGCGGGAAAAGAAACGAUAAACUGCACGUAAACUUUUCAGAAGAUUGUUUAUUUUUGAAUAUAUUCACACCGGAUGUUCCAGUAUCCACACACAAGCUGCCAGUGAUGAUAUUCAUUCACGGGGGUGGUUUUAACGUUGGGUUCUCGGACUACAGUGUCGGUGAUACAUUAAGCGUGUAUGGCGAUGUUGUAGUGGUAACAUUAAAUUACCGACUGAACAUCUGGGGAUUUCUAAGCACCGGAGAUAAACAUUUACCCGGCAAUUAUGGACUUUGGGAUCAGCAAAUGGCAAUUAAUUGGGUACAUGAUAACAUAGCGUCUUUUGGUGGUGAUCCAGAACUUGUUACACUUUUCGGACACUCUGCAGGGGCAGCAAGUGUAAUUUAUCAAAGUAUGUUUCCAGGCAAUAAAGGAUUAUUCAAACGAAUUAUAGCUCUGAGUGGAAGUAUAACGUGUCCCUGGGCUUAUAAUGAAAAUCCUUUAAUUUCAGCAAGAAAAUAUGGCGCCUUACUAGGCUGUAUACAGGAUGAUACAGGAAGUCUCUCUAAAUGCAUCGCAUCAAAAUCUACUGCAGAACUUCAUAAUGCAUUGAAUAACAAUAAUGGUUUCAAUACAUUUCCUCUAGAUUUUAUAUCAGUAAUUGACAAUGAAUUCGUGCCGCUUCCACCGAAAGAGAUAUUUCAUGGAACAUCUGAAGUCGCCGAGGAGAGGCGUCAGCUAUUUGCAGAUAUAGAGUUUAUGACUGGUGUUGUGUCAGAGGAAGGGUUGUUAAUGAUAAAUCCAUGGGCUGGUUUAACAAACGAUACUGAAAAGUUUAGACUGGAUAGAGCUUUGCUCGAAGCUAAAUAUGUGCCAGAUAUUGCACGAAUUAUGUUUGGCACAAAAUACUCUGACGCGGUUAAGAACUUACUAGUUGCGGAAUACACGGACUGGAGUAAUCCUGACGAUGAAAAAAAUUCAAUGUCAUCUUUCUUGAAAAUAAGUGCUGAUUACACUUUCAAUAUUCAAGCCGUUGAAACACUAAGACUCCAUACCCAAACUAGCAAAACAAGGACAUAUGCGUAUAUUAUAGACGCGUUUCCGUCACAACACAUACUUUGGACACCAACUUGGGCUACUAAACCAAAUCAUGGCGACGAGCUUACGUUCAUAUUUGGACACGAUUCAGAAAACGGCUUCACUAGCUGGACGGAGCCGUUUGGGGAAGGUCCGCCGGCUGAUUGGGAAUAUAGACUUUCCAAAGCAAUAAUGACCAUGUGGACAAAUUUUGCCAAAUCUGGAGAUCCAAAUACUCCCACGCCGCUGAAACCAUUGAUAGGUACUGAUUGGCCAAUCUAUGUGAAGGAUACCGAGGAGUACUUGAACAUGUCCAGUAACGAUAUGUACUCUACUGGUCAGCGCCUUUUCGCUCGGAGCUACAACUAUUGGAUGGAAGCCCUGCCUAGGGUCAUUUCCGAUAUAAGUCAGGCGGCUACCAUUCAAUCAACACACGGACUAUUUUGUGAUAAGGAAGAUUCUUGUGCACCAUGAAGGUGAUGUAUCUUCAAAACAGUUGUGAUUAUAUUAUUGUUACACGUUGUCGUGAAAUGUGAUUAGUGCAUGUAGUAAGUCUAAAUCUUGAAAUAGAAAUGUAAAUGCGUUAAAAUAAUUUGACAAUUCAACAUUAAUGAAAAGUUAAAGGUUUAGUUUGAAGGAGAAAAUGUGUACUAGCACUUCACUUAUUUCAAGUGGUUUUGUAGCAUAAGAGCUCGAAAAAUCCUAUGCCACCAAAACUUCAAAUGGCCGACGCUUUAUAAAUUAAUAAGUAUGUUGAAACUUUCAGUGAUCGUAAUAAAAUCAAUCCGUAUGCUCCUACAACUAGUGAAAAGAAAAUUUUUGCUUACAAUAUUCAACAAAUGAUAGUGAAAAUCAAAUCAAAUAAUGAACUUUCUUAUCAUACACUUGUCUAAUAGUUGUGUUGUGCUUGUCUUAUAGUUGUGAUGUGCUUGUCUAAUAGUUGUGUUGUGCUUGUCUUAUAGUUGUGUUGUGCUUGUCUUAUAGUUGUGUUGUGCUUGUAUAAUAGUUGUGUUGUGCUUGACUUAUAGUUGUGUUGAGCUUGUCUAAUAGUUGUGUUGUGCUUGUCUUAUAGUUGUGUUGUGCUUGUCUUAUAGUUAUGUUGUGCUUGUCUAAUAGUUGUGUUGUGCUUGUCUAAUAGCUGUGUUGUGCUUGUAUAAUAGUUGUGCUGAGCUUGUCUUAUAGUUAUGUUGAGCUUAUCUUAUAGUUAUGUUGUGCUUGUCUAAUAGUUAUGUUGAGCUUGUCUAAUAGUUGUUUUGUGCUUGUCUAAUAGUUGUGUUGUGCUUGUCUUAUAGUUGUGUUGAGCUUGUCUUAUAGUUAUGUUGUGCUUGUAUAAUAGUUGUGUUGUGCUUGUCUUAUAGUUGUGUUGAGCUUGUCUAAUAGUUGUGUUGUGCUUGUCUUAUAGUUGUGUUGAGCUUGUCUUAUAGUUGUGUUGUGCUUUUAUAGUUGUGUUGUGCUUGUCUUAUAGUUGUGUUGUGCUUGUCUUAUAGUUAUGGUGUUGUGCUUGACUUAUAGUGCUUGUCUUAUAGUUGUGUUGUGCUUGUCUUAUAGUUGUGUUGUGCUUGUCUUUUAGUUGUGUUGUGCUUGCCUUAUAAUUGUGUUGUGAGCAAAGCACGGGAGAAAGGAAUUUUGGCAGUUUUAAAAUCGACUAAAAAUGGCUUGAUAUUGUGCUGUUUAAGUUCAAAAUGAUAGAAUAGUAUUUGUGAAUAAAUGUAGUUCGGAUAGCACUGUACACAACUCAAUAAAAUACAUGAUAUGCUUGUA